AUGCCCACUGCAAACCUCGCGUCCGCCGGUGGCCCUAACCACCACUCUGCCGCCCCCCUCUAUCUGAAAACCGAAACCAAGCCGCCAUCGAACGCAGGCCUGAUGCUCGACCCGUCGGUCUCGUCCUCCUCUGGCCCGAUCCGCAUCGACGGAUCCGAACAUGACGCAGCCCUAUCAAAAUCAGAGUUCCUGACCCGAUCCGAAUUCCUCAAUCGCCGAGCCCGCAGGGUGAAACAGCUCGCUCGGGUUUACCGAGACCACUACUGGGCGUUAAUGGAGGAGCUCAAGCUGAAGUACAGGGAGUAUUACUGGGAGUACGGGAAAAGCCCCUUCGUGGAGGAUGAGGAGAACGUGAGAAACAACGCGAGCCGCGGGGAUUACGCUGCCUUGCCUGGUGAAAAUGGCAGCCGUGGGAACUUUGGGGUGAAUGGUGGGAAUGCUAGUGGUAGGGUUAGCGGUAGGUGUGAGGUCCAUGGGUGCAAGGCCAAGGCGAUGGCCUUGACGAGGUUUUGCCAUAUGCAUAUAACGUCUGAUGCGAAGCAGAAGCUCUACGAGAGUUGCACUUUCUCCAUAAAGAGUUCCACCACAGGACCUAUACUCUGCGGGAGGCCAUUAAUGAAAUCGACCAUCCCUUCAUACUGCCCUAUGCACUUCCAAAAGGCCGAGAAGCAUAUGGUGCGUGCUCUCAAGAAGGCUGGUCUCAACGUGUCCUCAACAAGUAAGCUCACUCCAAAGCUCCAUGUCAUAGUUGCAGAGCAUGUUCGCCAGAUCCAGAACAAGAGACGAGUCGCGAAAAGAGCAAAUCUCGAAACUGCAGUCAUUAAAGAAGAAACCAACUCUUGA